UUCCAGGACUGGCAGCCUCCAUUUGCAUGCGAUGUCGACAAGCUUCACUUCACACCGAGGAUCCAGAGGCUCAAUGAACUGGAGGCCCAAACUCGUGUAAAGCUGAAUUUUCUGGACCAGAUUGCAAAGUUUUGGGAGCUUCAAGGAUGCACACUGAAAAUUCCACAUGUGGAGAGGAAGAUCUUGGAUUUAUUUCAGCUUAACAGACUAGUUGCAGAACAAGGAGGAUUUGAUGUCGUUUGCAAGGAGAGAAAAUGGACCAAAAUAGCCACGAGGAUGGGCUUUGCUCCUGGCAAAGCCGUGGGCUCGCACAUCCGCGCGCAUUACGAGCGGAUUCUCUACCCCUACAACUUGUUCCAGUCAGGAGCGAGUCUCUUGUGCUUGCAGAAGCCAGAUCUGAGCAGUGACACGAAGGACAAGGAGUACAAGCCCCAUGACAUCCCGCAGCGACAGUCGGUGCCGCCGUCGGAGAGCUGCCCGCCCGCGCGCCGCGCCAAGCGCCUGACGCCCGAGGCAACCAAUGUUAAAACUGAGACUGACCCUCCAGAGGCCAGAACUCACAAUCUGAGACGCAGAAUGGGCUGUGCCCCUCCAAAGAGUGAAGGUGACAAGGAAAUUCGCAGUGUGGUGAAACUCCCUGAGAAGAAAGAACUUUCUGGGGAGCCAGAGAAGGACAAAUCUAAAGUCAGAUCUAAAAAACCCACCAAUGCUGUGGAUUUGUAUGUGUGUCUCCUGUGUGGCAGUGGGAAUGAUGAGGACAGGCUCCUGCUGUGUGACGGCUGUGAUGACAGUUACCACACCUUCUGUUUAAUUCCACCCCUCCAUGAUGUUCCCAAGGGGGACUGGAGGUGUCCCCAGUGUCUGGCUCAGGAGUGUAACAAGCCUCAAGAAGCCUUUGGGUUUGAACAAGCAGCACGGGACUACACCCUCCGCACAUUUGGGGAAAUGGCUGAUGCCUUCAAGUCAGACUAUUUUAACAUGCCAGUACACAUGGUCCCCACUGAGCUGGUUGAAAAAGAAUUUUGGAGACUUGUCAGUACCAUUGAAGAGGAUGUGACAGUGGAAUAUGGAGCUGACAUUGCUUCAAAGGAGUUUGGCAGUGGCUUCCCAGUUAGAGGUGGGAAGUUUAAAGUUAGACCAGAAGAAGAGGAAUACCUUGAUAGUGGCUGGAAUUUAAACAACAUGCCUGUGAUGGAGCAGUCUGUCCUUGCUCACAUCACUGCAGACAUCUGUGGGAUGAAAUUGCCCUGGCUGUACGUAGGAAUGUGCUUUUCCUCAUUUUGUUGGCAUAUAGAAGACCACUGGAGCUAUUCCAUUAACUAUCUGCAUUGGGGGGAGCCUAAAACGUGGUAUGGAGCCCCAGGGUACGCAGCUGAGCAGCUGGAGGAUGUAAUGAAGAAACUUGCUCCAGAGCUAUUUGAGUCCCAGCCAGAUCUCUUGCACCAACUUGUCACCAUAAUGAACCCGAACACUUUGAUGGCCCACGGGGUGCCUGUGUACAGAACCAACCAGUGUGCUGGGGAGUUUGUGAUCACCUUUCCCAGAGCUUACCACAGCGGCUUCAACCAGGGCUUCAACUUUGCUGAAGCUGUGAACUUCUGCACCGUGGACUGGGUAUGUUCCAAACCAGUUUUUUUUUACACUCUGAAGUAUUUCUGCUGGAAGGAUUUCAACCGCUACUGCGUCUUCUCCCACGACGAGAUGAUCUGUAAAAUGGCUUCCAAAGCAGAUGUCCUGGAUGUUGUGGUGGCAUCUACAGUCCAGAAAGACAUGGCUAUUAUGAUUGAAGAGGAGAAGAGAUUGCGUGAGAAGGUUGAUAAACUGGGAGUGACUGACUCGGAGAGGGUGACGUUUGAGCUGUUCCCUGAUGAUGAGCGACAGUGCCUGAAGUGUAAAACCACUUGCUUCAUGUCAGCAGUUUAUUGUCCUUGCAAGCCUGGGUUGUUAGUGUGCUUGUACCACAUUGAGGACCUCUGUUCCUGUCCCACCUACAAAUACAAACUGGGGUACCGCUACACCCUGGAGGAGCUGUACCCGAUGAUGAACGCGCUCAAGAUGCGCGCCGAGUCCUACAACGAGUGGGCUUCCAACGUCAACGAGGCCCUGGAGGCAAAGAUCAACAACAAAAAAAGUCUCAUCAGUUUUAAGGCUUUGAUAGAAGAAUCAGAAGUGAAAAAGUUCCCAGACAAUGACCUGCUGCGACACCUCCGGCUGGUGACACAGGACGCGGACAAAUGUGCUUCAGUGGCCCAGCAGCUGUUGAAUGGCAAGAGACAGACCAGGUACCGCUCCGGGGGAGGGAAGUGCCAGAACCAGCUGACGGUGAACGAGCUGCGGCUGUUUGUUAGGCAGCUCUAUGCCCUGCCCUGCGUCCUCAGCCAGACACCACUGCUGAAGGAUCUCCUUGACCGUGUGGAAACUUUCCAACAGCAAAGCCAAAAGCUCCUUUCUGAAGAGAUGCCCAGCGCUGCCGAGCUGCAGGAGCUGCUGGAUGUCAGCUUUGACUUUGACGUGGACCUGCCGCAGCUGCCGGAGCUGCGGACGCGGCUGGAGCAGGCGCGCUGGCUGGAGGACGUGCAGCUGGCCUGCUCGGAGCAGAGCUCCCUCACUCUGGAUGACAUGAGGCGUCUCAUAGACUCCGGGGUGGGGCUCUCACCCUACCCCGCGGUUGAGAAGGCGAUGGCGAAGCUGCAGGAGCUCCUCACCGUGUCCGAGCACUGGGAUGACAAAGCCAGGAACCUGAUAAAGGCCAGGCCCCGGCAGUCCCUGAGCAGCCUGGCAGCAGCAGUGAAGGAACUGGAGGAGAUCCCAGCCUACCUCCCAAAUGGAGCAGCACUGAAGGAUGCGGUGCAGAAGGCCAAGGACUGGCUGCAGGAGGUGGAGGCUCUGCAGGUUGGGGGCCGUGUGCCUGUGCUGGACACGCUGGCGGAGCUCGUCACGAGAGGUCGAUCCAUCCCAGUGCACCUGGAUUACCUGCCCAGGCUGGAGGCCCUGGUGGCUGAAGUGCAGGUGUGGAAGGAGUGUGCAGCAAACACCUUCCUGUGCGAGAACUCUCCAUAUUCCCUUCUGGAGGUGUUGUGUCCCUGGUGUGACAUUGGGAUGCUCAGUCUGAAGAGGAAGCAGAAGAAGCUGAAGGAGCCAGUGCCAAGUGGCAAGAAGAAAAGCACUAAGCUGGAGACACUGAGUGACCUGGAGCGGGCGCUCUCCGAAAGCAAGGACACUGCGUCUGCGAUGGCCACGCUGGGAGAAGCCCGGCUGAGGGAGAUGGAGGCGCUGCGUGCCCUGCGAGCAGCCAAUGAGGUGAAGGUGCUGUCGGGCGAGGAGGACGCCGAGCUCAAGGUGUGUCUGUGCCAGAAGGAACCCACUGCUUCCAUGAUCCAGUGUGAGCUCUGCAGGGGCUUCUUCCACACCGGCUGUGUCCCGGUGCCCGGCGCCGCGCCGGGGCCGCGCGUCUGGCUGUGCCCGCACUGCCACCGCUCCAAGAAGCCGCCUCUGGAGAAGAUCCUGCCGCUGCUGGCGUCCCUGCAGCGCAUCCGUGUCCGGCUGCCCGAGGGGGAUGCCCUGCGCUACAUGAUCGAGAGAACUGUGAACUGGCAGCACAGAGCACAACAAAUGUUGUAUUCAGGGAAUCUAAAACGCAUCCAGGACAAAGUUGGCUCAGGAUUACUGUACAGCAGGUGGCAAGGCCCAGCGGGCCAGCUGCCAGAGACAAACAAGGUGUCCCAGACAAUUGGAGCAAUGUCAUUUUCCAUGCCUCAUGACUGGGAUAACAGAACUGUGUAUUUGCAUUCUCCAUUCUCUACAGGACAGCACUGCAUCCCACUUCAUGUCAUUAGCACUGAGCUGGAUGAGCUGAUGAUGGAAGCCCAGCUGCUGCAGGUUUGUUUGCCCGAGAUCCAGGAGCUGUACCAGGCCCUGUUCACGAAGCAGAGCCCUGCCCUGCAGCCGGAGCAGAGGUCACCCAGUGCAGCCACAAGUGAGAAGAAUGAGUGUUGCCGAGGGAAGAAGGAUGGGAUUAGUUACAUGGAGAGAAAGCUGAAGCGGCGUUUUGAGAGAGAGAGCUUCUGUGGUGAGAAGAGAGCGAGAGUAAAAAAGAUGAGAACACCCAAAAAGAAGAAACUGAAACUGAGUCAUUCAAAGGAUGUGUGCAGUAACAAACUGGAGAGAGAGCGGGAGCGGCUCCUGGAGCUGCAGCGCUCCAGCGACAGCCACUUGCUGGCCUCAGACACGUCGUUCUCAGAGCAGGAGGACUCCGAGGAUGAGGAUGCCAUCUGCCCAGCUGUGAACUGCCUCCAGCCCGAGGGGGAUGAGGUCGACUGGGUCCAGUGUGAUGGCAGCUGCAACCAGUGGUUCCACCAGGUGUGUGUGGGCAUCUCCCCAGAGAUGGCAGAGAAGGAGGAUUACAUCUGCGCCAGCUGCGCCGGGAAGGACGCCCAGUACCGAAAGUAAAACCCCCAUAAACCCUUCAGGACUCGAGUAAAGAAGGUUCCCAGUUUUCCAGUUAAGCCACAGGGGCUGGUUUAAAAACCAGAUUGCAAAUGGUGCUACUUCUAUCCUUAUGGGAUCAUUUUCCAGAACUCAAAACAAUUUUUGACACUUUUGUAUUUUCCCUUGAUCUGUUUGUGGUUGUUGAGGUUUGAGAUGCUGACUGUUUGCAGGGGUUUCCACUGAUUGGGAAGGCAUUUGACAUAUGCACCUUUAUUGUACAGCAUUCAGUUACCUCUGGGAUUUACUGGCAUAUUUAAUUCAGCUUGGUUUGGGUGCAAAAACAAACAAACAAACAAAAAAAAACCCCUGCACCAUGAAUUUUCCAAUAAUCCUCUUUUGAGGAAAUCCCUGUUUACUCUGUUAACUCUUUGGAGACUUUAGUUUUUUUCCACUUUGUUUUUCGUAGACUAGGUUUAUUUAUCUGAGCAAUAACUUCUAUGUCUGGUUUCAGUGACUGGAAUGACAACUGAACAGCGUGUUGCUUCUAGCAUUGGUUGAUGUACAGACAGCAAAUGUUAGAUCCUAGUGUCACUGAGGGCCCUGUGAUGUAGAAGACAGGAAAAAAAAAAAUCUGUAAAGUAAUUGCCACAGCUGUAUUUUGGCUUUCUCCUUUUUUGGGUAGCUUGUAUCAAAUGUUGCAGUUUAUAUUGUGGAAUAAACCCCUGGUUAUGUUAUAAAAUUAAAUGUUGGUGUUUUUA